AUGGCUGAAGCAGCGAGGCAGUGUGAAUUAAUAAAAAUUCUUGAAGAAACAUCGUUAAAGGAACAGUAUCUGCAGGUCUUUAUUGAUAAUUGCAUUGAUGAUGAUGCAUUAAAAAUACUUGAUGAUGAAGGACUACAACAAUUAAUACCUAUAGUCGGCCAUCGCAUGAAAAUAAAAGCAGCACUCAAAAAGUGGAAAUUGCUCAAUGAGUCGUUAAUGAAUGACAGUGCCUUGCAAGAAAUAUUUGACUCUGAAAAUAUUAACAAAAAUUGUGCUAUUGGAAGCCAAAUCAUUUCUUAUGAAGUACAGAAUGGUGCAUUAAUUUGCAACAGUUUAAGUCAAACGAAAAAUGCUGAUGCUGGCAGUUCAAUACAGGAAGAGGAUAUAAUAUCAGAGUCCUUAGAAAGCAUCAGGAAAUUUACAAAUUGCAGCAACAGUAGUAGUUCUGAUGGCAGAGCAAUUUUAGCAGAGGGUAAAAGAGCUGAAGGCUUACUAAAAGAAAGCGACCGUAAGAGGUUGAGCCAAAUUAUUAUUCUUCACCUCCUUGAAAAGAACCCAUCCAGAGCAAUAUCAACAUGUGAAUUUCAAAACUUAGCUGCACAAAUACAGGAACUGUUUAAACAAGAAAGUUCUGUGGUAUAUUAUUCUCCUUAUGAACCUGCUACUGGCAACAAGGGUCAUAAAAAAAAACACCAGUGGAAAGUUGUAUGAAUCUUACAUCAGUCGCAGACGAAAGUUACGGUCCAGGGGGGAAUUACCAGGUACAAGCCGAUCGUCUUCAACAUCGAGAUCUACAUGUACGGAUACCACAGAAACAGUAUCUGUUACUUCUAGUGAUAUCGAUCUACUAGGUAACCCAACCAAUCUUUGAACUUAUCUAUUAAAUAGUGUUUUUAACCUCCGAC